UGUAAACAAAGAAGAAGAAAUAUUAUCAUGCGUAGACAAGGAAGACAAGUCAUCAGAUGUUAAAAACUUCAAAUAUAUUUCAAAGAAAAUAAACAAAUUACCAGAGUAUGGAUACUAAAUUGGAGAUGAUGGACGAUUACUCGUCGCAGAGCCUGGAAGGUGAUAUGUCAAUACCAGCAGGGACAAGCAGAACAAAAGCAACGAUAGGCUCGCCAGACUUUAAUACGUUGGAUGAACCUAUUAAAGAAACUAUAUUACGUGAUAUACGAGCAGUCGGUAUAAAAUUUUCUCAUGUUUUGUAUCCCAAAGAAAAAUCGACUUUACUUAAAGACUGGGAUCUUUGGGGUCCCUUGGUGUUGUGUACUCUUAUGGCAACAAUGCUGCAGGGUUCUUCAGAUCGUGAGUAUGACGGAGGGCCGGAAUUCGCACAGGUCUUUGUAAUAGUAUGGAUAGGUGCUGCAGUGGUUACAUUAAAUUCUAAAUUACUAGGCGGAAAAAUUUCUUUCUUUCAAUCUGUGUGCGUAUUAGGUUAUUGUCUGACGCCGGUAGCUUUAGCUUUGAUUACAUGUCGCCUUUUACUCUUAUCACAGCAAACAAACCUUUUAUUCGUUUUGCGUUUAAUAACAACAACAAUAGGUUUUUCUUGGGCCACUUACGCCUCCUUCAUAUUCUUAGGGGAAAGUCAACCACCCAAUCGUAAGCCAUUAGCCGUUUAUCCCAUGUUUUUGUUUUUCUUUAUAAUUUCUUGGUUGGUCAUUUCACACAAUCAAUAAUAGCGCAAAUCGUGUUUUUUAAUUAAAUAAAAAAAAAAGCAAAUCAAAGUAUACUUUGAGCAUGUCCAGUGUAUCUAAUUAGAGUAAAUAAAAAUAUACAAUUAAAAAAAAAGAAAAC